AUGUCGCGAUCCUUCACCGGCUGCAAACGCUGCAAGGCGCGUCGCCAGAAAUGUGACGAGCAGCGGCCAACCUGCGGCCGCUGCCAAACAGCCGGUGCGCAGUGCAAGUAUGCGAUGCAGCUGCAGUGGGGAGGGCGAGCGUUCUCACGCUCGCGCUUCGGGGCCUGCGUGGGUGACGGCGGCAUGCAGAGACUGGAAUACUCGCCAGGAGAGUUCAUCUACACCACCAAAUCCGCCAAGUCACCGCCCGUCGCAGACCGCGAGCUGGCCUUGACCCGACCGGUUGACCCAUUCUCGUCGCUGUCCUCCGACCAAAAGGCCUUGCUGCAUCACUUCAUCAACGAUGCGUCCCAAAUCACCGCGUGCCAUUCGGGCAUGCAGCAGGAUAUCUGCCGCAUGCUCGUACCCAUGGCGCUCCAAACUCCAUCGCUUCUCUACGCCACCACUGCCCUCUCCGCCAUCCAUAUCCAAGCUCUACACAAUCAGUCCGAGACGGUCAAGUCGGCACCAGAUAUCGCCCGGCUGAUGGCGCUCAGUCUGGAGCAUUUUCGAACAGAGCUCCAAAAUCCGUCGACCAAAGGUUCGGAAGCGCUGGUCGCCACCGCUCGCACGCUUUGUCUUGCAGAGAUUCAUUCGGGGGCUAUCCACCCGAACUCAUGGCGAGCGCAUAUCGAGGGCGCGAGGGCUUUGAUGAAGACCGCUGACACGGUGGGAGAAGAUUCGCCACGCUCAGCGGACGGGUUCCGCCGGUAUCUAGAUCGAUGGUAUCGCUCGAUCGUGUCGCUCACGGCAUUGACGGGGAACGGUCCCCCGAUUGGCGCUUCCUCUGACUUUAUACCGCCAGAUGGCGUCGACCAGGAGGAGUCUCCGGAUUACCUGGAUGACUAUUGGGGCUUCACGUGCGAUCUAGCAACCGUCUUUCGUCAGAUCGGGGCUGCUGCCUGGCGGAGACACGAGGCCGAGGCCGCGGAGAAUAUGCAGGGCUUUGUCGCGGGAGAAAUUCCCGGUGACAUCGAAGAUGACGCUGCGUCUUUGGAAUUCUCUGUCCGACAACUCAUGGACCGGGGCGCCAGCUCGCAACCCUCGUUCUACCCCGGCGUCGCGGAGGGAAUUUCGGCGGAAAGCAUGCAGCAACUGAUGCUUUGCAACGAAGCAUUCCAGCACAGUGCUCUCAUCCAGAUCCAUCGCCGGCUCCGCAGGACACCAACAACCUCAGCUGCCGUCCAGCAGUCCGUCCAACGGAUUCUGGAAUGCACGGCCCAGAUCGGUCCUUCAUCUGGACUUAGUCCGUGGGUGAUGCUCACAACACCACUCUUUAUUGCGGGUUGUGAAGCUCGUGUCGAGGAUCGAGAUACGGUCAGGCAGUUGUUGUCUUCUCUGCAUGAUACCAUCCGUAUUCCGAAUGUGCUUCAGUCCUUGACCUUUCUGGAGCAGUACUGGGCCAAUCAAAUUAGUGAAGAUGAAGAUUGGAGCCAUUUCCUCGAUCGAAUGAAAUUCGAUUUCAUUCCCUACUAG